GGUUGGGAGAAAACGGGGAGCAGUUUCCAUAGCAACCUGUUGUACUAUGGGUGUAGCGAAGCUUGGAAGAAUCCGAACUCUGCCCGUGAUCUGCGUGUUUGUCUGAUGGUUCGUGUCCUGAAAAAUGGUAAUAUUAAUUUACACAUCUGAGAAAUCAUGAAAUCGGUGUCACUUGCAGCCAUUUUUUGGUGUAUCCUAAUACCAUCAUUUGAGACCAGCAAGCAAUUUGUGCCUAAUGGCUGCUACUGUGUCUGCCCACCAUAUCAGAAUUUAAGUGAAAUCAUGUUCUGGAAAAAACUAGUUCAGGAUGACUGUAAUUGCCUGUAUACAGUGGACCCAAUGCCAGUGCCAAGACAUGAAGUUGAGGAGUAUUGCCUGCUGUGCGAUUGCAAGUUUGUGGAAAGAAAUAAAACCACCACUAAGAUCAUCCUCAUCAUUUUCCUCUCAGUGUUUGGAGCUAUUUUACUCUACACAGUCUUUUCAAUGGUAGUUAAGCACUUCAUCGAUAAACCUGAUGCCUACACCAAGCCCCUGCACAAUAAAGAAGAGUCAGAGGAUUCCCACGCUUGAUCUCUUCCUCAAGCUACCUAAGAGAAUAUGCUGCAUUUGAAGCAAGCUACUUGUUGCACAUUCCAUUGAUGAGGACUGCCAUUUGCUUUAUUUGUUGCUUCCAGGAAAAUAAUAACUGUAGGAUAACUAUUUGACUUCAAAAGUGAGAAACAAUUACAACUUAGUUUCAGUUCUAUAAUCUGCCAAGCGUUGGUCUGGUUUGGUGAUAAAAAUGUAGCAUGCAUUUAUUCAUUGCUUACAAACCUGAAGCUUAGCUUUUAGCUCGAGCAGGAUGUAUUAUUAAUGGAAUAAAAACAGCAACAUCCUUUUCAUUCCAUUGACUGCCAAUAUAUGAUAUUUAACUCUUGCAAAAUAUUUGCAGAGAAAUGUCUUGGAUUCUGUCUUUAAAGCACUGAUUUGAAAAGUUGGCACCAAAGACAAAAAUGUAAUAAGGGAAAUUAAUUUAGCAAAAAAGGAGUUACUGCAUUGGGCUCAUAAAUUACAGAUUCUGCCUUCAAGGAUUUUUUUUUCAGGAUAGUUAACUUUACACCAAAGAAAUAUGGACAAUUUUUUUUAGCACUGUCAUAGUUAACCCAUCAAAAGAAUGACUCUGGAUGACCUCCAUGCUUCCCAAUCUCCUUAAGGGACCAAAGCCAAGAGGCUUGUGAGUGUCUCUUCUACAUGCAGAUUUUUAAACAGUCAAGUGGUUAUACAGAAUACAGAUUCUUGUACUUUUUGCUGGAUUCACUGGAUUAUUUAGUGCAAAGGAAAUUGCCCUUCUACAUGUGGCAGUCUAUCCCAUUAUGCAAAACUGAAUUCCACUAUCAAAGGACAUUUAGAGAAAUAUAGCCUUACAUUUUAUUAUUGUCCCAAGAAGUGCCAUGCAACAUGCAUCUUUUAAAAUAAAAUUUAAGUUGGCUUAAUAGAAAAUUUCCUGCAUGAUACUGGAUAUUCCCCUUGGCUAACAUGACUACAAUUACUUAUUUUAUUCUAAUUUUACAAUACAUCUUGCCCAGAUGUAGGGACCUAUAGCAAUUAGGUCUAGGUCAACAAUUAAGGGAAAGUAGCAUUAACAGUAUGUAACUGUGAAAUGUAAUGUUUUAAUGAUCUCUCAGUACCUACUAUCAAAAGAUCUUGACAGUAUUUUUUCAGCAUGCUUAAAUAUUCCAGUAUUAAGCAAACUACUUUAUCUCUCUUGAAGUAUCUCUUGAAGAUUGUAUCAGUCUUUGUUGCUAUGCAGCAUCUUUUCAUUAAACCCAGAAUGUUAGUAUAACCUUGAUGUCAGGCAUAAUUCAAUACUUUUUGUUCAGAAGGAGAUAUCAUGCAAAGGUUUGGAGAAUAUAUAGAAAUGGGGGGGGGGGGAAUCGUAAAAUAUAUGUUAAGCAUACCAUAUCUGGACUGUAAAAAUCCAAAUGAUCACUUAUGGGCAGAUGACCACUUAUGGGUAUCCAUAUGGUCCAGCCAUGUCUAAAAUACAGUAUGCACAUUGUAUCAUCAGCUGGUUACUAAGUAUGCAUCUGCAAAAAAUGUUAUGCAUUAUUUACAUGGAAGUAUCUGCUGAGGCAUUUGAUUUUAUGUACUGAAAAUAUUUACAAGCUAUUUUUUAAAAUUCAAAUAUUCAGUGAUGUACAAAAAAGAAGUAAUAGAAAAAAACUUUCUAAGAUGUCAACAA